CACACAUGGUGAUCAAACACUUCCUGAUCAGCUUCAUAAUUGUACAGCUUCACUGAAGACUCCCCAUUUUUCUUCCUGCGGAGAAGAUGAUUGAAAUUAAAUCAUGUAUUCUGUAUAUUCUAGCUUUGUCUGAUUGCAGGAGCAACGCCCUCAGUACAAUUCGAAGCGCGGCAUCGACUCGAUUAAUCUUUACUCUGCCACGAUUUUACGAGGAUAAGGUGGAUGAUGCCAUCUAUCCAUCACCUCUUCACAAUAUACACGUUAGAACUAUACUGUCUGAUGACGAAGCCAAGGCAUGCUUGAGAAUAUCUUCAGACUUCGCAAAAGCCACUGGCCGUUGGGAUCGACCCGAUUCUGACCGUCACGCCUCGUACGCAACUUGCGAUUUCGCCGUUGAAGACUGCACGAUCCUAGAAGAUUAUUUAGAGAAAAUUGGCUUUACUGGUAGGAUAUUUGACGAGCUGAACGAGGUAUACGGCGUCGAACAGGAAGACAUGUCAUUCUUGGAUUUAUUCUGCGCUCAUUAUCAAACGAAAACUGACUGCAAUCAAGGGUCUAUGGAUCGCCUGGAACCACAUCGAGAUGGUUCCAUUUUGUCGUUUUCUAUUACCAUAAACGACCCUGAUGAUUUUGAAGGUGGAGGUACUCUUUUUGAUGGCUUGCGCGAUGUCGUGUCAACAUCAUCAGUAUUGAAAAACGGUGGCGUGGUUCGACCAACUAGAGCAGGCGAUGCCGUCUUCCACUCUGGAAAAGCCCUACAUGGCGCCAAUGCCAUCACGUCUGGCAAACGCACUGUUCUGGUAGGUUUCGUAGAUGUAGCACCAUGGUGCGAGAGACCGGGAGCACUCUCUGCAGCGUGUCGCGAUUGGGGCCGGAUGGAUGUUGCGAGUUUGCGAUACGAACGUCAAUCAAAAAAGACAAGGAGCGGCGCCAAGGGCUGGAUUCUGAACAACUCAAGAUGGAUGUCGAAGAAAACCAGUAAGGGUGGCGCUGGGCGAAGUCACCUGGAGGGCUUCAGUCCAGCCUUUGCCUCUGUCGAAAGUCGAGCCGAUAAAGAGUUCCAGCGCCAGAAAAAUCUUGAGACAGAAGACAAGCUUCUGCGAACAAUUCUCCUCUCCAAACCCGAAAGCAAAAUCAAUUUUUUUGGCGGGGAUGUGACGGUCUUGUAG